AUGGUGCCUACCCUGCUGCUGGGCUUGAGCUUUGGUUACGCAGCAGCCCAGGAAACCGUGUGCCUAUCAGCUCAGUUCAGGAGCCCUGGUGAUUAUAUCUUGGGAGGUUUGUUCCCUUUUGGAAUGGACAUUGUCAAUCUGACGGCAAGAACAGAGCCCACCUCAGUCAAGUGUGAAAGGUUAUUUGUAGAUGGGCUGAUCUGGGCUCUUGGCAUGAAGUUUGCCAUCAACGAGAUCAACAACUCCAGUUCCCUUCUGCCAGGGGUCAAGCUGGGCUAUGACAUGCACGACACCUGCUUUGAGCAAGUGGUGACCUUGCAGUCCAGCUUGCUGUUCCUCACCCAAAAAGGCACAACAGGCAUUGAGGUGUCGUGCAACUACACCAACUACCAGCCCCGGGUGACAGCUGUGAUUGGACCAUAUAAAUCAGAUCUUUGCCUGCUAACAGCCAAACUCUUCAGCUUCUUCUUGCUGCCACAGAUCAGCUAUGGAGGCAGCAUUGAGAAGCUCAGCAACACUGAUUCAUACCCAUCCUUCUACCGUACUGUUCCCGGUGACAACAACUUGGUGGAAGCUGUGGCCCAGCUACUGAAUAAAUUUGGCUGGAACUGGAUUAUCACCAUUGGCAGCAAUGAUGAAUAUGGCAGAGGAGCCCAGGGGCACUUCGUAAGCAUAGCUGAAAAUCGCAACAUCUGCAUUGCAUUUGAGAGUCUGAUUCCUACAGACUUGGCAGACCCCAAAACCACAAACCAACUGGAAAACAUCAUUAAGGCAAUUAACAAGACUGACGCCAAUGUCAUUGUCCUUUUUGCCUUCAGCCAGACAGCUCUAGCCCUGCUGGAACACAGCAUCAGGAUGGGACUGAGCAAAAGAGUCUGGAUUGGCACUGAAACCUGGACACUGUCUCAUAAAGCUGCCUCCAUCUCAAAUAUCCAGAGCAUUGGGACAGUAUUAGGCUUUGUUAUGAAAGCAGGCACAGUCCCUGGCUUCCAUAAAUACGUUACUGACCUCUUUAGCUCUGCUCAGCACGAUGAAUUUUGCCAGCAGUCUAGAAAAUCCAACCACCUCAUGAGCUCUGAUGUGCUGAGCACACCUUGUGAGCAAUGUGACUAUGCCACCCUCCCUCAAAUUUUACCCACACUGAACCACCUGAAAAUACUCCCAGUCUACCUUGCUGUCUACAGCGUGGCCAAUGCCCUGCACAGAGCCCUGGGCUGCACCCACCAAGCUUGCCCCAAAGCACCCCUCAAAUCUUGGCAGCUGCUGCACUUCAUGAAUACCUUCCCCUUCACAGUGAAUGGUCAGAGCUUCAGGUUUGACAAGUUCCAUGGCACAAACCCUGGCUACCAGCUUAUAUUCUGGUUGUGGAGAAAUGGCACCCUUGAGUACCUGCCUGUUGGGGAGUACAAAGAGUCCUUGGCCAUCAAUGUGUCCCAGAUUCAGUUUCACACACCAAAUCAAGAGAGGCCAUCGUCACAGUGCUUUGCACAGUGUUUACCAGGACAAAUCAGACAAAUAAAAGGACUUCACUACUGCUGCUAUGAUUGUAGAGAUUGUCCAGAAAACACCUUCUCGAGUGCUAAGGAUCAAUCCAGAUGCACAUCCUGCCAGAAGCAGCAGUGGGCCCCUACCAGCAGCAUCCAGUGCUAUGACCGCAGCGAGAGGUACCUCUUCUGGAACGAGCCACUCACCAUUGCCUUGCUGCUGGGGAUGUCCCUCACCCUCUCCCUGACCUGUGCCACAGCACUUAUCUUUCUUAAGAACCUCGAGACCCCACUUGUGCAGGCUUCUGGAGGCAAACUCAACCUCUUUGGCCUGUUCAUGCUCACACUGCAGUCUCUCAGCUGCUGUCUCUAUGUAGGGAAGCCCAGUGACAACCUCUGUACCAUCCAGCAGAUAGUCUAUGCUCUCUGCCUCAAUGGGUCUUUCUCCACCUUCUUCAUCAAAUCCCUUGAGAUCAUCCUUGUGACCGAGUUCCCUCGCUGUGCCCCCACCUUCUUGCCCUGGCUGACCCAGAGGAGGGCCUGGCUUCUCGUUGCCUUGUGCCUCCUCAUCCAGUCCUUUCUCUCUUUCUGCUAUGUCCAGUUGGGCCCUGACUACCUGCAGGCUGAUUACGAGUCACUGCGUUCUGAGGUUCUGCUUGUGUGUGACACCAAGUCCUGGUUUGCCUUCACCCUGCUGCAGGGCUACAACUGCUGCUUGGCAUUUGUCUGCUUCCUUUGCACCUUCAUGGUCCAGACUUCUGGGAAGCAGUACAAUAUUGCCAGGGGGAUCACGUUUGCCAUCCUCACCUACUUCAUCAUCUGGAUCUUCUUCGUUGCUAUAUUUACCACGCUGAAGACAGUCCUCAGGCCUGCUACUCAGAUGGGCACCAUUUUGGCAACCAGUCUGGGUAUCUUGGGGACUUACUAUAUCCCUAAAUGCUACCUCAUCUUGUUGAAGCCUGAACUGAACAAAGUGGAUUAUUUCCAGCAUUCCAUCAAAGAGGAGCCAGAUGAGGACUCUCAAUAAACAGACAGUAAACCAGAUCCACUGCCACCUGCUCCUCAGUAAAAACUGUCUGUGCUUUAAUGAGAUUAUUCCAUUUGUAAUGACCCUAUAGCUACUCAGACCAGAGCUUAGGAAAACAGAGUUGUUUGGU